UGUUAACAUAAAAAUUGGACAGAGUAGCGAUAAAAGGACCAAAAUGCAAUACAUAAUCCUAAAUAAAACAACAAACUAACACGAAUCACAAUAUACUGAGGCAGAUUUUUUUACAAUGUACGAUUUGAGUAUUUAAAUUUGUUUAACCAUAUCUCACUGUAAGCCAGUUUUAGGUUUUAAUAAAGAACGUGAAGGACAAGUGGAAACAUUUGAUAAUCAUAUUAACCCAUAUUAACUUCACACUAUUGUUUAGAUGAUUUGAAUAGAAAUGAAGUGGCGUAAACACUAUACAUAAAAGCUUCAUACUGUACAUAUAAAUCCCAUGAUCUGUAGUGGAUGAGAACGUGUUUGAAGAUUGAAAUGUGAGCCGUGUUGUUGGUGAGGGAGGAGACAGAGGGCGGGACUGUGAAGGAAAUCACCUUUUGUUUGGGUCCUGCGUUGGCCUGAGGCUCAAGAGUCAAGCAGAGAGCGAGAGUGUGUGUGAGUGAGAGAGAGAGAGAGAGGGGGAGCCGUCAUUUGACUCGAAUUCACCGCCAUGACGUUUUCUUCAAUGCUGGCUCAUCGAAUAAUGGCUAACCUCUUUAAAAUGCCUUCGGUUUGAGGACGUCUGUGAGUCAUGACUCUUAAAACCUAAGCUGGAUUUUGCAGAGUCACAAACUGUGCUGUGAUCAAGGAAGAUCUGUGUGCACUGUAAGUGUGUGCGUGAGGAGCAUGUGGUGCGCUCGGUGCCCGGCCAGCUGGAGAGAAUGAUGAUGAAGCUGGUGUCCGACUUCCAGAGGCACUCCAUAUCAGACGACGACUCGGGCUGCGCCUCUGAAGAGUACGCCUGGGUGCCGCCCGGGAUCAAGCCUGAGCAGGUUUAUCAGUACUACAGCUGUAUUCCUGAGGACAAGGUUCCCUACGUCAACAGUCCAGGAGAGCGAUAUCGUAUCAAGCAGCUUUUGCACCAGCUGCCGGCCCAUGACAGUGAGCCUCAGUACUGCAACUCUCUGGAUGAAGAAGAGAAGAAAGAGCUGCGGUUGUUCAGCCAGCAGAGGAAGAGGGAGAAUCUGGGCCGCGGCAUCGUCCGGCUCUUCCCGGUCACUAUGACUGGAGCAAUCUGUCAACAGUGUGGCAGGCAGAUCUGUGGCGGAGACAUCGCCGUGUUUGCGUCACGAGCGGGUCACGGCUCUUGCUGGCAUCCGCAGUGUUUCCAGUGCGCCUCCUGUAAUGAGCUGCUGGUCGACCUCAUUUACUUCUACCAGGACGGACACAUCUACUGCGGACGGCACCACGCAGAGCACAUCAAACCCCGCUGCCAGGCCUGCGACGAGAUCAUCUUUGCGGACGAGUGUACUGAGGCGGAGGGCAGGCACUGGCACAUGAAGCAUUUCUGCUGUUUCGAGUGUGAGGCAGCUCUGGGUGGCCAGCGCUACAUCAUGAGAGAGAGUCGACCGUACUGCUGCCGCUGCUACGAGUCUCUGUACGCCGAAUACUGCGACACCUGCGGAGAGCACAUCGGUAUAGACCAGGGUCAGAUGACGUAUGAGGGCCAGCACUGGCAUGCGUCUGAGCAGUGUUUCUGCUGCGCCUGCUGUCGGCUCCCUCUGCUGGGCCGUCCGUUCCUGCCACGGGGAGGACUCAUCUUCUGCUCCCGCUCCUGCUCGCUCGGGGAAGACCCGGAAAACUCUGACUCCUGCGAUUCAGCCCUGCAGAGCAAAUCAGCAACACACAAACCGCUUCAGAGUCAGCAGCGCAGCUCCACACCACGGCCACAGGGGGGCAGCAGCGACAUCAGCAUACAGAGGACACCAGCAGCUAAUGGAGGACAGAUUACACUUCAGACCAAAGGCGUUCACACAUCAUUCCCUCCUCUAGUGAAUGGAGACCCUCCCCCAUACGGACGAACAAGCACACCACACCCUCUUCCUUCCGCUCAGCUCUGUCCUGUAGCCAAUGACAGAGCAGGGUCACUCAGCAAGGACCAAUCAGAGACUCCCAGUGCAGACGGUCCUUACAGCGCUCUGGAGUUUACAGUGGAGCUCAAUGGAUACGCUGAAUUCGGCCCUUUCCCUCCAAGCUGCACGUCUAGAGGCACGUCAACUGUAAAGGACUGUGGGAACAUCAUCGAGAGCAGCUGUUCAGGCAUUUCCUCUCAGCUUGCGUCAUUUGACGAUCUGAAUGACUCGGACUCUUUCCCGCCUCCUCCGCCGCCUGUGUUUUUCGACCCUUCUGAUUCUCCGGACCCUCUGGCCUCGGUCACUGAAGCUGAAGAUCUGCCAGCAGCACCGGUACGCAGCAGCACAGCCAGAGUCAGCUUCAGAGAGCCCAUCAGCUGCAGCUACUCAGUGGAGGAGAACGAGUGGGAGGACGAGGACCAGCCGGAGAUGCAGAGACGAGACAGAGAUGAGGACGAGCAGGAGGAAGAUGGAGAGGAAGCGGAGGGGAGUCUGGGACACAGGCUGCGCAUUUGCAGUCAAGUACCGUCUCGAAUGGACCUGCUGGAUGGGUCGUACCACUGCAAUUUUCGGCGGGGGAGCGGAGGACACCAUUCCUCAGAAAAGCGCUACAGACGAUCGCGGGGUUCACGGAGCGACAGGCCUCGUCUGGAGACUCUGGAUGUGGAACGACGGCGGUCCAGUAACAACGCGGAUGGAAGCAGAAACACCAGCCUGACCCUGUACUCCAGCCGCUCCAGACACGAGGACUCCUGCUCCACCUGCUCCUCUUCCUCAGACUCAGAGGAGGAAGGCUUCUUUCUGGGCCAGCGCAUUCCUCUGCCGCCCCAACUGACAGGACAGAGAGCAGAUGAAGGACAGACUGAGGAUGAGGAGAAGAGCCAGAGGGGAAGCUUCAGAAGGAGGAGGAGGACGCAGAGUCUCGGCCAAAAAGACAAGGACAAGAACUGCAUACUGUCCUGAGAGUGGGACGUACAGUCAAACCAAAAUUCAUAAUAUCUAGUGUCUGACUAAUUUUUGGUUUGGCUGUAUGUGUGUGGGAAUGACUGUUAAAACCUGGAGAUCAACAACUCUCUGGAUAAACCAGCUGCUCUAUCAAGAACAAAGUUUGAGUUAUAUUUUCAUGAUAAACACAGACCCUAUCUUACCGUCUGUGCAUCUGUCUACCAGUAUUUUAAUAGAGGUGAUGAAAUAUAAUCUAAUAUCACUUUCAGGAUCAGGGUGCUGGCGUUAUUAUUACUAAUUAUUGAGCCGAGGAACAUUUCUAAUGCAAAAAAGUUGAACUUUUGUUUCUAAAAGUACUCGAAAAACGGAUUUAACUGUCAUUUCAUUUUACAUAUUACAUUUAACAAAUAUCCUGCAUGAAAAAUGAUUUGACCAAUGCAUUAAAACAUGCGGUGUUUUUGUUUUGACUGUU